AUGACAGGAUCCGCGGAACAGGUAGACGCCGAAGCGAAAGCCCACGGGAGCAAGCAGGCGGCGGGCGUGGAUGUUGCGGUGUGGCCGCCACUCCCUUCGCCGUCCCAUCAGCCGCGGCCGGCGGAGCGCAUCGACGCAGCGCAGCUGNCGCCGGCGGUGUUGGUGUUGGGUGCGUGGGCGGUGGUGGUGUCGCAGUGGACGAACAACGACGAUGUGCGCUUUGGGCGGAGGUUGAGCGGAUGCGGGGUGCCGACGGCGGUGCACAUCACGCUCAAUUGGGCAUGGUCCGUGGGCGAAUUGGUGACGCGUUUGGCCGCUGCGACGCGUCUGCGCGGCAACAACAACGACGACAACGACGCGGAGAGCGGCAUCGAUGGCGGCUUUCAGUCUGUCGUCGCUGUCCACUCCGCCGGCGGGGGACCGGAUCCAGCGGACUCCGCCCUUCCCGUCCUCUUGCAUGUGGUGGCCUCCGCUGGCGACGACCACGUCCUCCAGCUCAGCCUUCGCUACGACGCCCACGGAAUAUCCCACGAGCACGCUGCCCGUCUCCUCCGCCAUGCACGACACGUGCUGGAGCAGAUCGAUCGCGCCGCGGCAUCCACGCCCAUCGCCGCCCUGUCCGGCGUCGACGCCGAGGAACAGGCGCGUCUCGUGCAGCAAAAUGCGCAACAAACGCUCACCGUGAGCGAUGAAUGCAUCCACGACGUGAUCUCCGCGCAGGCCCGGGCAGCUCCGUCUCGCCCCGCCGUGGCUUCAUGGGACGGUGACCUUUCCUACCUCGAAUUGGACCAGCUCAGCAGUCGCCUCGCCCAACAUCUCGCAGGGCUUGGCGUCGGGUCAGGCGAGAGUAUUCCGCUAUGCUUCGAGAAGUCCUUGCUCACACUGGUAUGUAUGCUCGCUGUCCUCAAAGCAGGAGCGAACCUGGUCCUACUAGACGCGACACACCCACGUGCCAGACUCCAAGACCAAUGCGAGCGCGUUGCAGCCAAGAUCGCCCUCGUCUCGACAGCUCAUCGAAGCACACUCCACGGCAUCGUAUGGCAUUGCCUGGCGAUCGAUCUCGACUUCCUCGAGACUCUUGCCGAGAUAAACCAUACAGCCAUCCUUCACACGCGUUCGUCGGAAGUGGCAUAUCAUGUCUUCACCUCCGGAUCCACCAAUAAGCCCAAGUGCAUCGCCGUAGAGCACGCAGCCUUCGUCGCCAGUGCGAGGUGCUUUGGUACCUCACUAUUAUUUUCGCAGUCGACGCGCGCUCUUCAAUUCGCCUCUUACUCAUUCGGUGCUUGUCUGGUUGAGACGCUGACUGUGCUCAUGUUCGGUGGCUGCGUAGUCGUGCCAAGCGAGCACGAUCGUGCGAACCGGAUUGCUGACUUCAUGCGAGAAUAUGCCGUCAACUGGGCGCUCUUUACGCCUUCUGCAAUAGCUGCUGUCCAACCAGAGCAGGUGCCAGACCUCGAGACGCUCGUCCUUGGAGGGGAACCCAUCACACCGGCCAUGCGUGGCACCUGGGCGAGUUGCGUCAAGCUUUUCUGUGCCUAUGGCCAGUCCGAAACGUCGACCAUUUGCAGUACUACCAGAGUGUACCCCGAUAGCCAUGUGCAAAGCAUCGGCUAUGGUGUCGGUGCUCGACUCUGGCUUGUGGAUUCUCAUAACAUCGAUUCAUUGGUAUGGCCCGGAUGCGUUGGCGAGAUUAUCGUUGAAAGUGCUGGGGUCGCGCGUGGUUAUUUGGAUGACGACCAGCAGACGGCACAUGCGUUUGUUUCAAUACCCAAGUGGGCAGUGCAAAUGGCUCGCCCGAAGGGCAUUGCCUUCUUCAGAACCGGAGACCUCGGGCAGCUUGGCAGCGACGGUCAAACCAUUCUUUGUCUUGGCAGAAAAGAUUCACAGGUUAAGAUUCGUGGCCAAAGGAUCGAACUUGGUGAAGUGCAACAUCAUGUGUCGCAGCUUCUGCCCUCCGACUGCAUGGUCGUUGCGGAAGCCGUGACCGUAGACAAUGCUUCUGGAUCGAACAAUUAUUUGGUCAUCUUCUUCACCCCAUUCGCUCCACAUCCCGAUGUUGAUCUCGGAGAUGCAAGCUGCGAAGACGGCUACGACGAAUGUAUUCGCGACAAUGUGGUGCCAGCGCUCUCUGCUAGAGUUCCAAAUUACAUGAUACCCUCGUUCUGGCUCCAAAUACCACGCCUGCCAUGUACGGGAACAGGCAAGACAGACCGCAAAGAGCUUAGACGCCUCGGGCGAGCUUACAUUUUGGACCGUGCUGCACGUAGGAAGACCCGGGCCCGGAGCAUCUCUGGAUAUAGCCCCAAGGAGCAGAUCUUGCAUCAACUCAUAACACGUGUUUUCUGCGUCCCAGCGAAUGCAAUCGGCAUGGAGGACAACUUCUUUAGCCUGGGCGGUGAAUCGAUCAAGGCCAUGAAGCUGGUCUCGGCGGCGAGAGCGAAAGGGUUCUGCAUCACUGUGGGCGACAUAUUCCGCCUUGCAACUCUCGGAGAUGUCGCCAAGUGCAUGGAGCCGAUUCGAUGGACAAACGAUGAGAUUUACGUCCCUCCCUUUUCUCUUCUGUCAGAUACAUGUCGCAAAUUUGCGAGCAAGGCCGCUUCAUCAGCAUCGAGCAUCUCGGAAGCUGACAUCGAAGACAUCUAUCCGUGUACUCCUUUGCAGGCCGGCAUGUUUGCUCUGUCACUGGAAACCAACGGAGGUGGGUACGUUAACCAGUACGUUCUCGAACUAGCAAGUACGACAAGCACAUGCAAAUGGCGGGCAGCUCUCGAUGCUACCAUCCAGUCCCUCCCAAUCUUGCGGACUCGUAUCGUGAGCAUCGAGGACUCCGGCAAACAACACUUCAUGCAAACUGUCACCUCGGCUUCGCGUGUUCCCCUGCAGGUGUGCUGCGCCGAAAGUUUGGCAGAGUAUAUGGCUCAGGGUUGCAACUCUGUCAAUCUUGGGUCUCCAUUGUCCGAACAUACUAUUGUUGAGACUCCCUCGAGCCGAUAUUGGGUCUUCAAGAUUCAUCAUGCCCUGUUCGACGCAUGGUCAUUGCCUAUGAUACUAAAGGCUAUAUCUGACCGAUACCUCAAUGUGUCACCUUUGCAGGCCACACCUUUCAAUCUUUUUAUCAAGCACUUUCAGGCUGUGUCCAGAGACAAUUGGCAGGAAUACUGGCGCAAGUACUUGCAUGGCGCGGUCUGCACUCAUUUUCCUCCAGCCACGGCAGCAUCCAGCGAUGCGAAAUCGGACUCGCUCGAAUAUUUCGAGCAAUUCUGCCCAACCCAACAGAUACCUCGGUCGGCCUCGACGCACAACACUACAGCUUCGGUGGUGCAGACAGCCUUGGCUAUUGUCCUGAGUAGCUUCGCUGCUUCGAAGGAUGUAGUGUUCGGCUGCACGGUCUCUGGUAGAUCGGCACCUGUCCCGGGCAUCGAGCGUGUCGUGGGCCCAACGAUUGCCACAGUCCCCAUCCGCAUACUGCUAGAAGGCAAGGAAAAUCAACCAGCAAAGCACUUGUUGGCAGAGGUGCAGCAAGAAACCGCUUCCAUGAUGCCUUUCGAGCAGGCUGGCCUUCGAAACAUUGCGAGUGUCAGCACAGAGGCAGACACAGCUUGCAAUUUUCGCACCUUGCUUGUGAUCUUGCCCGAAGAGGACGAGACGUUUCGCAUGGAAGCUGUCGGAACGUGGCUUCGCGACUACAUGACCGAUCCUUGGACAUAUCCCUUGCUGCUUCAAUGCGAGCUACGGGAAAACGGCGUAAACAUUAGAGCAAUGUUCGUCGAGGCUCUCGUACAGCGUGACGUGGUCGCUUCAGUGGUCGAUUCCCUCUCCUACAUAAUACAGCAAUUAAUCGAUCCCGGAGACAAGACUGUCGGUGAUAUUUCUAUCACUACUGAUCGUAACGUGCAGCAAUUGCGGACUAUGGCGGGGGAUGUUCAGGAAGAGUGCCAACGUCUGGUGCACGAAAUGCUUUCAGAACAAGCUACACUACAUCUACAGUCCCCUGCGAUUUGUGCAUGGGAUGGAGAACUGACAUAUGCGGAGCUUGAGCAACUGACGAGCAACCUUGCUCGGCGCCUGCAUCAGCUUGGGCUUGAUCUCGGCCCAGAGAGUAUCGUUCCGCUCUGCUUCCAGAAGUCGAUGUGGAUGCCUGUUGCCAUGCUGGGUGUAAUGAAGGCAUCAUCUGCAUCGGUUGCAAUGGAUAUCGCUCAGCCGUUGACACGACUGCAUGCCAUUGUACAGCAAGCACAGCCGAAACUCAUACUGUGUACAAAACACUCUGAAGACCUUGCGAAUUCUCUGGUGGCUGCGUGCCGUCAGGAGGGAUUUCACACGACUGUCUUUGUCGUCGGUCACGACACCAUUGGCGGCAAAUCCCAAAAUACCGAUCAAGGCCUACUCACGGUGCCAACAAUCCACCCCGAAAACAGCUUGUACAACGUGCUCACCAGCGGCAGCACUGGCAUCCCAAAGAUGAUAACCAUCACCCACUCAAACUUCAGUAGCGCGUUGGUGCACCAGAAAGCACGUCUCGGGCUCACCAACAGCUCUCGUGUUUACGAUUUCUCUUCGUAUGCUUUCGACAUGGCAUGGCAUAACCUACUGCAUUGCUUGUACGUCGGCGGCUGUUUCUGCAUUCCUUCCGAAACAGACAGGAUGAACGAUCUGUCAGGCAGUCUCCUGCGCUUCAAGGCCAACUUCGCAAAUCUUACACCCAAAGUAGCAGACCUUCUUACUACUUCCGCGUUGGACUCACUGGAUGCACUCGAAGUCGGUGGCGAACUGACGACUCAGAGUCAAGCCGAGCGGUGGAGACGGCAUACCCGAGUGAGAUGGUUCUACGGGCCUGCAGAGUGCUCUGCUAUCUCGACGAUGUCUGAUGAUGAUGUGCCGCCGACUAACAUCGGGCGCGGAGGUGUAGGUCUUUGUACCUGGAUAGUCGAUCCAGAUGACCCGAAUCGGCUGUGUCCGGUAUAUGCUGUCGGAGAGCUGGUUCUGGAAGGUCCUCUUGUAGCGCGCGGAUACCACGGACGACCAGACCUCACAAGUGCGAGUUUUCUGUCCGAUCCUCCUUGGCUGAUCCAGGCUGGUCGUCGUGGACGAGUUUACAGGACUGGCGACCUGGUACGUUAUAACUCUGCAGGAGAUCUUAUCUUCUUAGGCCGCAAGGAUGGCCAAGUCAAAAUCCGCGGUCAACGUGUUGAGCUGGAAGAGAUCGAUCACCACGUUGGAAACGCGCUUCGUGUUACUGCGACCUUCUUCGACGCUCGGGUAGCCUCUGCUGUGGUCAACCUAAAAGACGCCAGCGGAGUGCUCAUCUGCUUCCUUGCUCGGUCCGGAACAUCAGCAUCGGUCGCAGAUAGCGAAUCACGACUCGCUGGAAAGGCGGAAAAGGUCACGAAAAGGCUGGCGGACGAUGUGCCAUCGUACAUGGUCCCUUCUGGAUAUGUCAUUCUCCCACAACUUCCGUUGUCGACCACCGGGAAGACUGAUCGCAAGAGAUUGCAUGAGCUUGCUGCUGGUAUGCUGUACAAGGAUUUAAUCGGCAUCGAGAUCGAAGGACAGCAUGAGCGAAGACAGCCUACGACUGAGUUGGAGAAAACUGUUCAAGGCUUGUUCGCACGUGCUGUACGCCGCACCGUGAAGCAAGUGGGCGCGGACGACAGCUUUUUCCGCCUGGGAGGCGACUCCAUAUCCGCAAUGGGCUUGAUCUCGAGCUGCCGAGCUGCCGGUCUCAAGCUCACCGUUCAAGAUGUGUGGAAGCACAAGACUGUUGCGAACCUUGCGGCGGUGAUACAAGCAAGAGACGGUCUCUCUUCACAGCAAGCCGGGAACAGUGAAGGCAGUCAUCAAGAGGGCACGCCAUUCGCCCUGUCGCCAGUGCAGCAGAUGUAUCUGGCCUUGAAUUCGCAGGCACGACCUAAUUUUCACCAAUCGCAGUACCUUGAACUGGGUCAGAGGCUCACACGAACUCAGCUCGAUGGGGCAGUAUCGCUGCUAGUCCGGCGGCAUCCAAUGCUGCGCGCACGCUUCCGAAAGACAGACCUUGACAACGGCGAAAAGACAUGGAGCCAGGUGGUUCUGAGUGCAGCUUCGGAGGCCUACAUCGUAGAGCAUCGCGCCAUUAUCUCGGGCCAGGAAACCUUGGCAAUGGUCACCAGCCAGAAGGUACUGGACGUGGAACAGGGUCCAUUGCUCUCCGCAUUGUUGCUGGACGUUGGCGAGAGACAACGACUUCUCCUUACGAUCCAUCAUCUGGUUGUUGAUUAUGUGUCUUGGUCGAUCAUUCUCCGAGACCUCGAGACGCUAAUCACUUCGCCGCAGAAGUCUCUGCCUUCGGUUGCGUCGACGAGCUUCCAAGAGUGGUGCAUAGCGCUAGCAGAACAUGCACGCCUGCACCUGGAGCCACGUGCGGCCCUGCCAUUCACCUUGCGCCCGCGCCAGCUGAGCUAUUGGGGCGAGAAAGACAUGCUCUUGUCGUCAAAUACUUGGGACAAUGCUGCGAUCAGAACCUUCGCUCUGCCAAAGCUGUCCACUGCGGCGCUACUCGGCUCGGAAUGCAAUGAAGCCUUCAGCACCCGACCAGUAGAGCUCUUGAUUGCUGCGUUGAUUCACUCGUUCGGCUCAAUCUUCACCGAUCGCGAGGAUCCUCUGCAGAUUUUCAACGAAGGCCAUGGCCGAGAGCCUUUUGACGACAAGUUUGACAUCUCUGAGACCGUGGGUUGGUUCACGACUCUGAGUCCUGUCCAGGUCGACCAGCCCGCAGGCUCAGACUUGGUUACAGCAAUCAUGCAGGUGAAAGACUGCAUGCGCAGUCUCCCUCGCAAUGGCUGGGCGUAUUUCACUUCUCGCAUGGGAAAUCCGAAAGGCCGUACAACAUUCGGAUCGUCAUCAAUUGAGGAACUAGUAUUUAACAACGGCAUUGGGAUUGUGCAACAUGCAACCGACAGCCUUUUUCACCCGGUCGAGCACGAUAUUGGGGAGCCUUGGAAGACGUUCGCGAGCGAAAAGCGCUUUGCUCUGUUUGAUGUCGUCGCCAGUAUGCGGAACGAGUGCUUACACAUCAUGUUUGUGUACAACACACGCACCCACUGCCAGGACAAGAUCAUGGAUUGGAUAUCGGCUUACGAACAGUCCUUGAACCAGCUGCCCACUGCUCUUCCAGCGCUUUCUCAAAAAUGGACACUCACGGACUUCAUACUGCCGUUUGGGGACUACGCCACCCUUGAAGCAUUUGAGAAUGGCUUGCUCGCAUCGAUGAAAAUCUCACGAUCCAACGUCCAAGAUGUAUAUCCGUGUGCCGCAAUCCAGAAAGGAAUACUUGUCAGUCAGGCCGUGAACCCUGCGAUGUAUCGGGUCUGCUUCGAAAUUGACAUCCUUCCUGACACAGUGGACUUCGGUCGAUUGCAGACAGCUUGGCGUCAAGUGGUGCGAAGACAUGAUAUCUUACGCACGAUUCUGGUCGAUAACAUGCCUGGAACUGGUUUCGCUCAGAUUGUCCUCAAAGAAGUCGACGCUGAUGUGCGAAACUUGCUUGAUGCCCACGAUCACUCUGCUUCACUGUGUCAGCGAUCCGCACAAGCUGCUCCAGACCAUAGUUUUGUCAUUACUCGUGGCGACGAAGAUCGACCACUCUUGAAGCUGACAGUCAACCACGCCCUGGUGGACGCUCAUGCUUACAAUCUGAUCUUGCGGGACCUACAACUGGCAUACAAGGGCUGUCUUCCUACCGCUGCGCCAGUUGCGACUUUCAGAGACUACGUCUCCUAUGCUGAGUCGAGGCCUACUGCGGAAGCCCGAGACUAUUGGGCCAAGCGUUUCGAGGGCAUAGAGCCCUGCCAAUUCCCAUCGCUCGAUGGAUCACGAGACAAUGACAGUAUCAAUCAUAUUGACGCGCCGGCUGUCGACCAUACUCAACUGCAAGAAUUCUGUCAAAAACACGAGAUCACUGUCUCCAGUGUCUGCCAAGUGGCCUGGGCAUUGGUACUACAGGCUUACGUUGGCUGCGCGUCGCCGUGCUUCGGCUACGUAUCGUCCGGCAGAGAUCAUCCCAUUGCGGGAGUGGACGAGAUUGUUGGUCCACUCAUCGUGACUUUGCCAUCUAUGAUCAACUUGGCAGACGACAUAGCUCUCAUCGACAUUAUUCGACAAGCACAAUCCGAGCAUGUCAACUCCAUGGCGCACAACCUCUUACCACUCCAUGAGAUUCUUCAUAGCCUUGAUCUUCGCGCAAAGCCUUUCAAUACAGCUGUCUCUGUCACUCCGGGACAAGGAAAUGCUGCGACCGCUCAAGACCCAGAAAUUACACUCAAGACGCGAGGCGGUCAAGAUCCCACAGAAUUUGACAUCGCCGUUCAGGUGGCAUCCAACAGCGAAAGCACUCGCAUCUCCAUCAUGUACGCUGCUUCUCUCAUGUCACCGGAGACGGCUACCAGCGUAGCAUCUGCCCUCAGCACAGCAAUCUCUAGCGUUGCCUCCGACCCUCAGGUGACAGCCCGCAACGUUGCUUUGAUCAGCCACAUCGAUCUCAAACAACUCUGGGAUUGGAAUCACACUCCGCCCGAGACUUCGCAACGCUGCUGCCUCCAUGACCUCGUUGAGCAACAAGCCGAAGAGAGCCCUCAAGAUACAGCGGUCGAGGCAUGGGACGGGAAGUUGUCCUACCUGGAGCUCAAGAAGCUUUCGGACAAGCUUGCACUUCACUUACAUAGCAAGGGCGUCGGACCUGAAGUUCUUGUUCCAUUCUGCUUCAAAAAGUCUAUGUGGACAGUGGUUGCAACUCUGGCUACACUCAAAGCAGGAGGAGCAUUUGUACCUUUGGCUCCAGACCAUCCCGUCUCGCGACAACAGGAGAUCCUCGAGCAGACGAAAGCCGAAAUAGUUCUUGCAUCACGGAGCUGUGCGAAGUUACCUGCACUGGCCGACUGCCAUGUUGUGAUCGUCGAUGCUGAAAGUAUUCGCGGUCUCCCUUCAGCUGAUGUGAGAGAGCUCGAGACUCAUGCAACACAGAGCAACGCGGCGUACGUACUUUUUACCAGUGGCAGCACCGGUAAGAGUAAAGGCGUCGUCGUGCCACACAGCGCCAUAAGCACGAGCUGCCUCGAGCAUGGCAGAGCGAUGGGGUUCAUUGGGAAACAGCGAGUGCUACAAUUCUCCGCCCACGUCUUCGACGCUAGCGUCCAGGAAAUCUUCACAACACUCAUCUUCGGCGGAUGUGUCUGUAUUCCAAGCGAUGAGGCUAGGGUUUCGCAUCUUGGGCCUACGAUCCGGGACUUUGGCAUCACCUGGGCUUGCCUCACGCCUUCGAUGUCAAGCACGUUAUCGCCUGCACAUUUGUAUUCAUUGGAGACUUUGAUCUUGUGCGGCGAGCGAGUAACGCCUAGCGCGCUGCAAGACUGGAAUUGCGUGCGUAAUGUCAUGGUCGGGUACGGUCCCACAGAGUGCUCGAUCGUGUGUGUUGCAGGCACAGUGCAAGCAGCCGAGCUUGCCUCGAGGAGCAGAAUCGGAACACCGAUCGGAUCUCGAGCGUGGGUGGUCAGCGGAACCAACCACGACAAACUCAUGCCCGUAGGCGCUGUUGGCGAGCUCGUAGUCCAGGGCGGCAUUCUCGCGAGAGGCUAUCUCCACGAUCCAGACAAGACAGCAGCGUCCUUCAUCUCCAACUCUGCCUGGCUGGAAGAGGCUUCGAGCGGCAUCCUUAACAGAAUCUACAAAACAGGCGACCUUGUAAGAUACAAUCAUGAUGGCACUCUUGACUUCAUUGGCCGACGAGAGGAUAACCAGACCAAGAUCAACGGCCAGAGAGUGGAGCUGGGCGAGAUAGAGAACCACGUCCGGGCGUGUCUACCACUUGUGGACAAAGUCGUCGUUACCACUCUUAUUCUGCCAGAUCGCCAGACGCCAAGUGUUGUGGCUUUCGUUCAAAUCGACGAAGGAGCUGUGCCGUACGCAGAUCAGCGUUGCUGCCUGCUUCUCAACAAAUCCGAUAUCGACCUCGUUGCCACAAUCACUGCUGGUGCUGAUGAAAAGCUCGCCAAGCAUUUACCUGGAUACAUGUGCCCCAAGUUGUACAUCAGAGUGAACCACAUCCCGCUCACACUUUCCGGCAAGACUGAUAGAAGGAUGCUUGAACAGCUGGCCGGAGAUCUAUCGCAGGAUCAAAUCCAAUUCGCGCUUCGUGGACGCGACAGACAGCACGUCCAGGCACCUCGCAAUACCGUGGAGCAUCGGCUUCGCGACCUUUUCGCACGAGCACUGGAGAUUGCAGCAGAAUCUAUUAGUGUCUCAGACAGUUUCUUCAGGCUGGGUGGAGACUCUUUGUCGGCAAUCAAGCUUGCAUCACAGGCGCUCGAGUUGGAGCUAGACGUGUCCGUCAGCGACGUCUUCCUCAAGCCAAAGCUUUCUGAUCUGGCAGAGUAUCUCCAAGCGGCUGGCAAAGCAACAAGUCAGCCAAGAGUAGGUGCAAUCAAUGUUCCCGCCUUCUCGAUGCUUCCUUCUUCUCUGGGUGCCGAGUUAGCACAGCAGCUUGCUGCAGAGUCGUGCGGCGUCGCGGAAGACAGGAUCAGCAAUGUGUACCCUUGCACGGAACUCCAGGCUGGCAUGAUGGCGUUAUCUGUCAAGCAUCCAGGCGAAUACAUUAUAUGCUAUGCGCUUGAUCUAGGCGACCACGUCGACGAGGACCGCUGGUGUGCAGCCUGGGGGUCGACUUUUGCUAAACUGUCCAUCAUGCGCACAAGGAUCGCUGAGCUAGGUGACUUUGGCCUCUUCCAAAUUGUGGUCGACGACGCUCUCAGCUGGAGGGAGUUUGAUAUCCCCUUGGAUGCAUAUGUCGAACGCGAGAAGACAGAUUCAAUGGGCCUUGGGCAGCCGCUCAUACGGCUCGCAAUGUCUAAGCAUAAGCAAAAGCAAUUCGUGUUGACAAUGCAUCAUUCUGUGUUCGACGGCUUUUCUCUGGCCUUGAUGUUGGAAGCAGUCUCGGAAACCUACCGCAGCUCAAUGACGAAGCCCACGUACCUGGGCCACGAUGUGUUCAUACACUACUUGGGAACACUGCCCGAAACGGCAGGACGGCAAUUCUGGCAGUCGUAUCUUGAAGGCGUAGACUGCACGCACUUCCCGCAGCCUUCUCCAGGGGCUAGUAUGCGAGUGCAGAGAGAAGUCGUCGAAGAUGUUUGCAGUCUUGGCACCAACCAGAGAUCGGACAUUACGCUGGCUACGUUGAUGAAGGUAGGGUGGGCGCUUGUGGUAGCCGGCCAUACUGCUUCACGCGAUGUCGUGUUCGGAUGCACCGUUUCUGGACGCAACGCUCCGGUUCAGAGCAUCGAUCGAGUUACAGGACCAACUGUAGCAACCAUACCGGUCCGAAUACAGCUCACGCAAGGCCCUCACAUGAUCGCAGAUCUCCUCUCAAGCACACAGGAAAUGAGCGCUACCAUGAUCCCUCAUGAGCAGAUGGGUCUCGCAAAGAUUGCCGCAUGCAGCGCGGAUGCCAGCGCAGCUUGCGACUUUCAGACUCUGAUAAUGCUACAACCCGACGGUGAUGGCAGGCUCCAAAUGUCAUCGUUCGGUACUUGGCUUCCUGAUCAUGGUGGCGCCAGUGUGCGAACAUAUCCUUUGGUCCUACGAGUGGAGUUGCGCCGCCAGGGUUUCAGCAUCAGCGCAGAUUUCAACCCGCAAUGUAUCAAGAGAGACGAGAUAUCGCGUCUGCUGCGCCAGCUCGUGUACAUUGUUCCGCAGCUGGCCGAUGCUCAUCAAACGAUGACAACAGAGGAUCUCAGCAUCACCACGCCCGAGGAUCUAGCCCAGAUUAAGAGCUGGAACUCAAGUAAGCUGCAGAGCAUCAAUGCGUGUGUGCACGAGUUGAUUGCAGAGCAAGUGGCUACCCAGCCCGAUGCCAUUGCUGUUUGCUCAUGGGACGGCUCAUUGACGUACGGAGAGCUGGACUCUCUGUCGAAUCAGCUGGCCAUCCGCCUAUGCAACAUUGGCGAGAUUCACAAAGCGGUGAUUCCAUUGUUCUUCGAGAAAUCGAAAUGGACCUCAAUCGCCAUCAUGGCAGUUAUGAAAGCAGGAGGUGCUUGCUUGAACGUGGACAUCAGCUCCCCGCCUGGAAGACUGCAGGCCAUUGUGAAGCAGGUUGCUCCACCUGUGAUCUUAUGCUCUAAGGCUACAGAGCACCUCGCAACGGCUUCUUCGACUGUGCGCUCGAUCAAAUUGGACAAGCAGUUGUUUUCGAAUCUACCUCUGACCUCUUCUGAGGGCACAUUGCCAGUAGUCGAUCCAUCGCAUGGCUUGUACUGCGUCUACACGAGCGGUUCCACGGGGACACCAAAAGGUAUCAUAAUUACCCAUGCGAAUUUCAGUACUGCCGCACACUACCAGCACGAGGCCCUACGGUUCGACAGUACCUCUCGCGUUUUCGACUUCGUCUCGUAUGCAUUCGAUGUUUCGUGGUCCAAUAUGCUGCACACCUGGAUCGCCGGAGGCUGCCUAUGCGUGCCCAGUGCUUACGAGCGUUGGAACAAUGUGCCUGGAGCAAUCGAACGCAUGCAAGUCAACUACGCCCAUCUGACUCCUUCGCUCGCUCGCAUGCUCGAUCCUUCCCAAGUUCCGAGCCUGAAGAUUCUAUCACUGAUCGGUGAGCCAAUGACGGCCUCGGCUGUCGCUCGUUGGGCGCUUUCCGGAGUCGAAUUGAUCAACACUUAUGGACCUGCUGAGUGUACUGUCACAAGCACCAUCCAGCACAUCAACAAGAGUGACACUGACUGUGAUCCUUCUAUCGGCGUGGGCGUUGGGCUUCAUGCGUGGAUAGCAGAUCCAUUCGAUAGCCACCGCCUCGCUCCAAUCGGCGCCAUUGGUGAACUGGUGCUCACUGGGCCGCUGGUUGGAGCUGGCUACUUGCACGAUCCGGUGAAAACGGCAGCAGCCUUCAUCGAGCCGCCGAAGUGGAUGAUUGAUGAUGCUGAGCUCGUCAAGAGAAGCCAUGAUAUGCAGCUCUACCGCACAGGAGACCUUGUCAGGUAUGCACCUGAACUCGAUGGAAGAUUGAGCUUCAUUGGGCGCAGAGACGGCCAAGUAAAAGUUCGCGGGCAACGCGUGGAGCUCGGAGAAGUUGAGCACCAAGUGACUCAAGCUGUGCGAACAUGCCUUGGGACCAGUACUGUGCAUGUGGCGGCCGAGCUGGUCAAACCAAAAGAUAGCUACGGGCGCUCCUUACUCGUUGCAUUCUGUGCUACGUCUAACGAGACCAAUACGCAUGUGCUUCAUCUUAGACCCGAGCAGGCUCAACAGAUCAGCGAGCUGCUUUCAAAUCAGGUGCCUUCCUACAUGGUGCCAGACGCAUACCUCAUGAUAGAGACCAUCCCUCUCGCGCCAACGGGAAAGACUGACAGGCGUCGUCUACGGGAGAUCGGAUCCGAAUUGACCAUUUCCGAGUUGGUCAAGCACCAGACAGAGUCAGAGCAAACCACCGCUGUCGAUACUCAAGAGGCGAAGACGCUACAAUCCAUCUGGGCACGGGUGCUUGGUUGCCCGGAGGCCGAACUCCACGCAGAGACAAACUUCUUCCAGCUUGGAGGAGACUCAAUCACGGCAAUGCGAGUUAUCGCUGCUUGUCGCAAAGACGGCUUGAGCUGCCUCCGCAUGGAAGAUAUCUUCAGACAAAAGACGAUUGGCAAUCUGGCUCUCCUGGUCUCAGAACGGCUGUCUCCAAGGGCCAAGAUCAACGGUAAUGACAAAGAAGAGCAGAAGGUUACUUCCACCUCCUCGCUGUUGUUCCCACUGGCGUUUGAGGAUUAUGUCAGUCUGCAGACUUUCCUCGACAACACUCUGCCUCGUCUCGGACUUUCAUUGACAGAGGUCGAAGAUGUGUACCCCUGUUCUCCUGUACAGGAGGGGAUGCUGCUGGGUCAAGCUAACGCACCACACAUGUACUACCCUCGCUUUGAGUUCAAUGUCAUCGCUCCUGAAGGCAAGCCAGUCAACAUUGGUCGUCUGCAAGCUACGUGGCAAAAGGUGGUAGAGCGCCAUGCAAUACUUCGAACCGUUUUUGUGGACAGCUUACCCGGCCAUACUGGAUUCGCGCAGAUUGUGCUGCGUCAAAGCAAGCAGACCGCUCAGAUCAUUGCGCAAAAUGAGAAACUGAAGCCACCGCACCAGAUCUGUGGCUCGGUAUGGCAGGGCGGGGAUCAGCCCGCGCUACCGACUCAUCGAGUCGACAUCAGAGCAGGUUCCAAGACGCAGUUCAUCCUCACAAUCCAUCAUGCGUGCAUAGAUGCGCAAUCUAUGCAUAUCCUGAUGCGCGAUAUGCUUCAGAUUUACAGCUCUUCAUCUACUAACCAGGAGAUCGGCCUGUACAGUGAUUACAUCGCCUACACCCUUCGCCAGCCGAAGGAAGAGACGCAGCGCUUUUGGGCAGACCAUCUAAAAGGAGUGGAAUCGUGCAUAUUUCCGAUUGGAGAAGUGGCGUCGGAUUGUGAACUGAAGCCAUUGACUGUGAAGGCUCCUUCUCUCGACGCCAGUAAGCUUAGGCUCUUCUGCGAGUCCUUCGAUGUCACAUUGUCCAGCAUUUGUCAACUGGCAUUGGCGCUGGUCUUACGAGCAUUCACCGGCAGUGACCGUCCAUGUUUCGGAUUCGUUGCUUCUGGUCGAGAUCAAGACGUGCAAGGAAUCGAAUCGAUAGUUGGCCCGUUGGUGACUACACUGCCAUGCACUAUCUCGCUGGAGGACUCCUCGUCGAUUGUUCAACUCGUACGAAAUAUCCAGGACAGGACACUAGAUGCUCUUCGUCACCAGACCAUUUCCCUCAUUGAGCUUCAUCGCACGCUCGGCUUAGAGACAGCGAGGCUCUUCAAUACUGUCUUAUCGGUCACGCCCAUGGUUACCUCUGCUGCUCGACUUUGUGAAGACCAAAUAGCAUUCGAAUUUUCCGCAGGGCAGGAUCUUACAGAGUACGACAUUGCAGUGCAGAUCCAGAGCGGCCCAUCUACAGUGGACAUUUCACUCAACUAUACCUCAUCACUUCCGACAGAGAUUGCAUCAAGCGUUGCGGAGUCGCUCAGGACUGCGAUCUCAUCCAUUGUGUCGAGUUCAGCAGAAUCAUCGAUUGACAGUGUCCAGCUUGUUGGCCAGCAGGCAAUUGAUACUAUACUGCAGUGGAACUCGACCGCGCCAGUUCCGCUCACGCCCAUGCGUUGCGUUCACGAGCUCAUCACAGACAGGGCCUGCCGUAGUCCCAGUUCUCCGGCCCUUUCUGCCUGGGACGGCGAUCUCAGUUACGCAGAACUGGACCGAUUGUCUACUCGGCUCGCAUUCCUUCUUGUCGCUUCUGGCGUCACCCCACAGUCCAUGGUUCCCUUAUGUUUCGACAAAUCGCUCUGGGCCAUAGUCUCUAUGCUCGCUGUCCUGAAAGCCGGCGCGACAUAUGUACCGCUCGAUGCAAAGUGGCCAGCCAUGAGACAUCAUCAGGUUCUGGCACAAACGCAAGCAAACGUAGUACUGGUUUCGGUCCAGUAUGCCAAUCAGUUCUCGUCCGACUAUUUGCCAAUCAUAGUGAACGAUAAGACUCUGACCGAGGCGGCAUCUCUGACUAUCGAUCUUCCGGCUGUCAGUUCUUGUGAUGCUGCCUACAUCCUCUUUACCAGCGGUACCUCUACCGGGAAACCCAAAGGCGUUGUGCUGGAGCACGGGGCUGUUAGCAGCGCUUGUAUGCAGUUCGGACCGACCAUGGGCAUUGGUUCCAGUUCGCGGGUCCUACAGUUCUCCUCGUACGUCUUUGAUGCCAGCAUCAUUGAGAUCCUCACGACUCUGUUCCAUGGCGGCUGCGUAUGCAUACCUUCGGAAGCCGACAGGACCGACAACCUGGAGCGCUUCAUGGUCGACCAAGGAGUCAAUUGGGCUUUCUUUACACCCUCCCGAGCUCGUCUACUCGAUUUUGACCGGCUGAAUGGUACUCUCGACGUUCUUGCCGUAGGCGGCGAAGCUGUUCUGAACUCUGAUCGCACAUUCUGGAGGACAAAAGUACCGAGAUUCAUGAUCGGAUAUGGUCCUACGGAAACAUGCGUCUUUUGUGUCACGGCGGAUUAUGCAUGCGACUCCAGCAAAACACGACAGACACACGCGAAGGACACAAUUGGAAAGUCUAUCACGCCUACCAGCCGAAGUUGGAUCACGAUCCCCAAUGAUCCGACGAAGCUUGCACCCAUUGGAGCUGUUGGUGAACUUCUGGUAGAAGGGCCUACACUUGCACGUGGCUAUCUACAUGAUGAUAUCAAAACGACUUCGGCAUUCAUUCGUUCACUAGAGUGGCUAAUUGGCUCCAAGAGACUGUACCGCACAGGAGACUUGGUCAAAUACCAUCACGAUGGCUCAAUCAUCUACCUCUCGCGCAAAGACGACCAAAUCAAGAUCAAUGGUCAGAGGGUGGAAAUUGGUGAAAUCGAGAACACCAUCCGCGAGUGUCUCACAGGCGCUUCUGUUGCUGUUGACUUUGUGCAAGUGACCACGCAGACUCCUGCAGCGGUGGUAGCUUUCUUGCAGUCAGCUCAUUGCAAUGCCGAGGACAUUGUAGUCGACGACUCUUUCGAUGCCGCUUCGCUCGAUCAACAACUCAGCGAGCGACUCCCGUCUUACAUGGUCCCGAAGCUUUACAUACCGCUGAGCCGCUUCCCUUUGACAGUGGUUGGAAAGGCAGACCGUCGUCAUCUCCGGGAGCUUCUCCAAGCUUUGAGCGCGCAGCAACUAGCGAGUCUCAGAGCACGUCAUGCCACUCAAAAUCAAGGUGCUGUCGAGCUGCCAAGGACGGAGAAGGAGAAGAGGCUUCGUACAAUCUACGCCAAAGUGCUGAGUGUUGAAGAGGCCUCGAUCGGACGCCAGUCGCACUUCCUCAAGCUUGGAGGAGACUCGCUUUCUGCGCUCAAGCUAUCUGCUGGGGCUCGGGAGGCGCAGCUUAUUCUGACAGUCUCUGACGUCCUUCGACAUCCUGUGCUUCAGCACAUGGCGAAUGCAGCCUCGUUGCAAUUGGAGUCUCCGAGCAGUGUCGGCCCACCACAAUUCUCAAUUUUGCCCGAGCGUCUGAAGCCAGAAUCUGCUCGCGAGCUAGCAGCAGGUGCUUGCGGGGUGUCACAAGAUCUGGUUGAAGAUGUGUACCAAUGCACACCAUUACAGGAAGGCAUGUUGGCCCUCUCCGCAAACUUGCAGAGCGACUAUCUUGCCUGCUAUGCAUUGGAGCUGCUGCCAUCUGUAGACAUGGCCCGGUGGCAACAGGCAUGGCAAAACGCAGUACAAGCUAUUCCCAUCCUGCGAACCAGAAUCGCACAACUCGGCACCCACGGACUUUUCCAGGUCGUGCUACAGCAUCAGGAUAUCACAUGGAAGACCAUCAAAACGUCACAACGGCACGAAUACAUACAAGCACGAAAGUCUUCCCCUCCCGGGUUGGGCGAACCUUUGGUCGACUUUGCGAUCGCCAGUGACAAUGACCAGAACGAGAGGAAUGGCAAACGCUACUUCAUUUGGUCAAUUCAUCACGCUCUGUUUGAUGCCUGGUCUCUGUCACUGGUUCUUGACACAGUAGCUGGACACUACGAAAAUGCUGGAUCCGCACCUGCGCGUUCGCUGGUCAAGUUUAACGUCUUCAUCGAGCACCUGGUGAAGUCCAAAGAAAAUAGCAGUUGGCAAAAAUUCUGGACCUCCUAUCUUGGAGACUUCUGCUCCCAGCACUUCCCAGCUCCUAGACCUUCGCCACUUGUUCCAAACAACGGCACGGAACUGCAGGCAGUGCAAAAGAGCGACAUUGGACGUGCCGAGCGGUUCAGUGCCUUCAAAGCGGCAAGCGAGACGGGCUUCACUGUUGCAACGAUGAUCAAAGCAGCGUGGGCAGUAGUUGUGGGCCGACACAUCAACUCCGACGACGUUGUCUUUGGCUGCACACAAUAUGGUCGCAGUGCUCCGAUUGUUGGCGUCGAAAAUUGUGUCGGUCCGACAAUAGCCACAGUUCCUGUUCGUGUACGCAUCAACGAGCGCUCAACGGCGUCCACACUACUGGCCGAGGUUCAAGCGCAAGACGCUAGCAUGAUACCAUUCGAACAGGCCGGCUUGCAACAAAUACGAAGUCUCAAAGGAGGCGCUGCUCUUGCAUCCCAGUUCCGCACCUUGAUUAUUGUACAGCCAAAAGAGCAGACUUCGAUUUCAAGCUCAACCGAUUGCUUUGGCAAAUGGCACACCGACGGCCAAGCUCAAAUACAAACCUACCCACUGAUGCUCCAGUGCGAAGUCGCACACGAUGGCGUGGUUUUGUCUGCGAAGUUCGAUCGACGUUCUAUCUCGCAGAGUGCAGUGAAUGAAUUGCUAUCCGCACUGGCUUGUGUAUUACCGCAAAUGGCCGAGGCGCCUUCUGUCGCAGUUGGCGAUCUUUUGACGAUGCCGCCCGAAACACUCGAGCAGAUCUGGGGUCAACAACGAAGAUUCAUAGACAUUGCAGCGCCACUCCGGCUCCGGCUCAAGGCAGAGACAGCUGCACUGAAUGUUUUCCAAGAUCAUGAAGCGCGGGCUUGGGUCGUAGACCCCGGAAAUCAUGGUCGCAUAUGUGCUCCCGGCAGCGUAGGUCAGCUGGUACUGGAGCUUUCACCACAUGAAGAAAGCUUUGCCAUAGAGAGCUCAGCACUAUUCAUGGACAGCACAGCAUGGUUGUCUCAUGGCAGUCGCAGUCAACCCGGACGAAAGAGACGUGUCAUCAUCACCAAUGAGCUGGUUCGGCAGGACAAAUCCGGAGACCUCAUCAGUGUUGGCAGCGUGGAGACUCAUGCGAAAAUAUCCGGCCAGUGGGUCGACUUGAUUGAGGUCGCACACUGCUUCAAAGAGGGACUUCAGACCGCGCUUCGGAACCCUGAUUCUUCACUUUUCGGUUUCGAUACAGUUGUUACGCCAGCGAAACCACAAGACAGGAACGGGCAAAUACUGGUGGCAUUCGUUGCUGCCAAUGGUGACGCUGAAGCUCUUCCCUCUUUGCGCACACUGCUUGCUCAAAGAGCAGAUCAAUUGAACAAGCAGCUCAGGUCCACGAUGUCCUAUCACUGCAUUCCUUCGGCCAUUGUGUGUUUAGAAGCAUUACCUUUGACUGCGGACGGGCGAGUUGAUACUGCUGAGCUUGUGAAGGUCGGAGCCGGCAUGACUUUCGAACAGCUCGCGUCCUACGAGCCGAUUGCUCAAUCCAGGGUGUCGCAGCAGCCGAUUACUACAAGUGAAAAGACAAUGCGUCGUCUCAUGGCCGAAGUGCUGCAGCGUCCAGAGGACAGCAUUGGGCUCGCCGAUAGCUUCUUCGCCCUUGGAGGGGACUCUAUUACAGCGAUGCAGUUGGCUGCAGCCUGCCGAGCCUCGAAACUUGCAAUCCAAGUCAGCGACAUCUUCAGGGAGAAAACUUGUGUCCAACUGGCACUACUGUCUGGACGCAACUCGGCACCUCUGGUCAACGAAACCUACGCGGGUGACAACGUGGCAGCUGGCGACUCCGACUGCUCCUUCGACAAGUUCCCAUUUGCAUUCGAGAGUCCAGAAGACUUUGAGCACUUCCAGCUAAAUACCCUGCCACGUCUCGGCCUGGAACUCGACGAUCUCGAGGAUGUGUACCCUUGUGCGCCAGUCCAGCGAGGGAUUCUAAUCAAUCAACUCAAAGACCCGCGUUCUUACUUCGUCCGCUACACCUUCCACAUCCAUCCCCGAUGUGAGCAGAGCAGCAAAGUCGAUGUUGAACGCGUGGCCGAGGCCUGGAAACAGACGGUACAGCGACAUGCCAUACUGCGCACCGUCUUCACGGGAGAGGUGCCAGGCAUGGAAUUCGCACAAGUUGUACUACGGCGGUCUGACCCUAUCAUCCGUCUCCAUCCCGAAAACGGUGCCGCACAGAGCGCCCUACUCGAUGCAGGCAAAGUUUCUGCUACAGGUCCUCAGCACGUGGUCGACUUAUCGCCCGGCGAGAAGGAUUGGGUAUCGUUCACUCUCAUCAUCAAUCACGCCUUGGUCGACGCCUAUACUUUCAAUCUUAUACUUCGCGAUUUUAGCCACGCCUAUGAUGGCACACCACUACCUGAGAGCAUAUCCUACCGGAGCUACGUCGAAUAUGGAAACAAUCGCGACAACGAGGAGAGUUCGAAACUCUUCUGGACGGAACACCUCAUUGACGUUGAGCCGUGCCAUUUCCCGAUUGAUGCAGAUCGCACACACAAUGAACCUCUGGAAACUGCAGCACCAGAAAUCGAUCACAUCAAGCUGCGACAAUUCUGCCGAGAGAAUGAUGUGUCCGCAUCCAGUGUCUUCUAUACUGCUUGGGCUCUUGUUCUGCAAGCAUACACUCGGAGUGCUCGGCCAUGCUUUGGCUGGAUCGCGUCAGGUCGUGAUCUUCCGAUUCAUGGAAUUGAACACAUUGCAGGGCCUUUGAUUGCCACAUUGCCUCUCGCUAUAGCACUUCCGCCGGCCAGAGAAGGAUCUCUGCGGGAAUUGGUUCGGACAACGCAAAAUGCAGCCACGAAAGCUUUGCAACACCAACUUUACCCUCUGGCAGACAUAUUCCAUGGACUGGCACUGGGCUCUGAUAAAUUAUUCAACACUGGAAUCUCUGUUCGUGGCGACAACAGCAUAGCUUUGGACGGUACGCAAAGCGACAUUCGUAUUGAGAUGCGUGAGGCCAGUGACCCUUCUGAGUUCGAUAUCGCCGUGCAGGUGCAUCAUGGAGCUAGCGGCGUCGACAUCAGCUUGGUGCAUAAAUCGUCGGUGGCACAGCACAUUUCCAGUGUUGCUGCAGCAUUUAGUGCCGCAGUUUCUGGCAUCAUCACAAGUCCGGAGCUCACCAUCUCAGACCUCGAGCUCAUUGGGUCACAAGAUCUCGAUCGAGUUCGACACUGGAACUCUACCGAGCCACAAAAGGUCGAUGCAUGUCUUCACGAGCUGGUGGCGCAAAGAGUGUUGCAACAGCCUACAGCUUCUGCUGUAUCAGCUUGGGACGGUGACCUAACCUAUGCAGAACUUGACGCACUAUCGACAAAGCUGGCGCAGCGCAUCUUCCAACAUGUAUCUCCGACGCAGGGCAACUCUGCUGGAGGCUCGAACCAAUUCAUCCCAAUCUGCUUCGAGAAAUCCAUGUGGGCUAUCGUUGCAAUGCUCGGUAUCCUCAAAGCUGGCUGCUCUUUCGUACCUCUGGACUCAAAGCACCCGAAGUCCCGAAUUGACCACAUCUUGAAACAGACAAAGGCCAAGGUAGUCGUCACCUCUGGCGAACUGUCCGCUUCUUUGGAACUGCCUAAAACGAUCACCCCAAUAAUCUUGGGAGGCGACUCGGCGACAGAUUCUACUUCUAGCGCCGUCUGGAUAUCCGUGGAUUGUAGGUCGUCCGAUAUUGCCUAUCUGAUCUUUACCUCUGGAAGUACAGGCACACCAAAAGGCGUCGUGCUAGAGCACGGAGCAGCCAGCACGAGCUGCCUAGCUCAUGGCAAGGCCAUGUGCUUCAAAAGCAAGCCAAGGGUGCUUCAAUUCAGCUCGUACGUGUUCGAUGGUUGUAUUAUGGAAAUCUUCACCACCUUGAUCUACGGUGGAUGCAUAGUAGUGCCUUCGGAAGCCCACAGAAGCGACUACGAGCUCUUGACGAGAUUCAUGACAGAACGUCAAGUAAACUGGGCGUUCUUGACUCCCUCGCUGGCGCGAUGCAUUCCUCUGGUCGAUCUUCAGAAACUUGAUGUACUCAUUGUCGGAGGCGAAGUCCUUACCGAAUCGGACCGAAAGGCUUGGAGUACAUUGCGCAAGUUCAUAGUCGCAUACGGCCCCACUGAAACUUGCGUAAUUUGCUUCACUGCAGACUACUCGUCUGGACCACAAGCAAAAGCGACUAUCGGGAAGGCAAUCACGCCGGGCUGGCGAAGCUGGAUAGUUGACCCAGGGUCCCAGCGACACAGAUUAUUGCCCGUGGGAGCAGUCGGCGAGCUGGUCGUGGAAGGCCAUCCCUUGAGCAGAGGAUAUCUUCACGACCAGGCGAAGACAGACGCAGCCUUCAUCGAGUCUCCCGACUGGCUGACUGGUUCCAGACUGUACAAAACGGGUGAUCUGGUCAAAUACAACUCGGAUGGAACCAUAAGCUUUGUUGGCAGGAAAGACCAGCAGGUCAAGGUCAAUGGCCAGAGGGUUGAAGUCGGGGAAAUCGAGCAGCAUCUAGCGGCAUUCCUUCCGGAGGCAGAGGCCGUCAUCGUUGAGCCGGUAAAGCUGCAAGGAAAUCCGUCUAUUGCUCUCGCCGCUUUCGUGCAAAUGAACAAGGCUGGGCCUGAUGUGGUUGUUGCAUUGGAUGAGAGCGCCAUCGCUACGGCAACUACCAUCGCACGCCGCAUGGAGCUCGUCUUGAGCGAGAGCCUGCCUGUGUAUAUGUUGCCACGGCUUCUGGUUCCUUUGACCAAAAUGCCACUGACGGUCUCUGGGAAGGCAGAUCGACGACUCCUGCAGCAACUGGGCGUCAAUCUGACCUCCCAGCAAAUAGCUGACCUUCGCGGUCAGAGCGAGUUGCAGAAACCGCAAACGGCGUCCGAGCGUAUUCUGGCUCAGCUGUGGGCACAGGUGCUCGCUGUCGAGGAAAAGCACAUUGGAGUACAUCUGAACUUCUUCCGCAGCGGCGGUGACUCUAUCUUGGCCAUGAAGCUUGCCAGUGCAGCACGAAAGCACGGAUUGACCUUACAAGUCAAGGACAUAUUUCAGCAUCCCACCAUCGCAGAUCUUGCACGCCUUUGUGACAGCAAUGCUGAUGUCCAGGUCAAAAGCCAGGACGACCAGUACAAGCCUUUCAAUAUGGUGCCAGCUGCAACUUCACAGGUGGUGGCGAAGCAACUUGAUCUCGGUUUCGGUGAUAUUGCAGACAUCCUCCCAGCGACAUACAUCCAGAAAGAGUUCGUCACGGAAGCUGUCUGUGGCAAUAUGCCUGCGUUCAACUACCUCUCCCUCGAAUUCCGGAAUGGCGACUACCUCCAGCACUUGCAGACCUGUUGUCAGCAGAUUGUUGACAAAUACGAUACCCUUCGCACUGUCUUCGUGCAAGACGUGGACGAGAGGUCACUGUUCCAGGUGAUACUCAAAGCACAGCCGGUGCAAAUCGCCUUUCACACACCAGAGACCCAACGAAGCGACGAUUUUGUCAAGCAACUUUGCAUCACGGAUCAGCGACAAAGAUUUCACCCCGAUCAGCCACUCACAAAGUUUCUCGUCGCUCAUCUGCCGGGCUCCGAUUGCUUCAGUUUGAUUAUCAGGCUAUCCCAUGCUCAAUAUGACGGCGUGGCGAUCAAUAUGCUCUGCAGCGCUUUCCAAGCCUUGCUGACUAACAACGAGAUUCCUAGUGCUGUUCCAUUCUCACGUUUCGUGGACCACACUGCCAGGCACAAUACUCACAGCUACGAUUUCUGGCGACGACGGCUCGCUGGCUCGACCAUGUCGACGCUCAGUUCUACGACCGAUCAGACUCCAGGAAACGCAAUUGUCCAAACCGCUCGGAAGCUGCAUCUUCCUGUGAUAGAAGGCUUCACUCCAGCUACAAUCUUUGGAGCAGCUUGGGCUCUGGUGCUGGCUCAAUUGUGCGGCAAAUCCGACGUGGUCUACGGCCAAGUGGUGGCAGGCCGUGGUGGCUCGCUUCAGGACAUCCAUAACGUCUUUGGCCCAUGCGUCAACAAAGUCCCGAUGCGAGUUCAAACUGGAAUACAUAGCACAGUGACGGAUUUCUUGCGCUACGUACAAGACCAGCAAGCGUCGCUUGGGGGAGCCGAUUCGGUCAGCCUUCCUGAAAUCGUCGAACAUUGCACAGAUUGGCCAUCCGAUACCACAUUUGGCUCGAUCAUCCAAUAUCAGAAUCCCGAUAUCGAUGCAACUGCGAAUAUGCGACAUCAAAGUAGCACUGCGAUGUUCAAGGCGCGUUGGAUCGACACCGGGGAUUUGCCAGGGACCGGUCUGUUCCUUCUGUGCAGCCCUGUGGGAGAUGGCUCUGAACAUGUUGUCGACUUGGCUUCGAGCAAUGUUGGUCUCUGCAAGUCAGCAGCGGAGAGUCUCCUCGAUAUGCUCCUCCAGAAACUUGGAGAAUUCAGCUGA